AUGACUUCAACACAAUCGGGUAAUUCAAAAAAUGGUGAUAAUUCACCAUCAAGUUCGAAUACAUUAAAUUCGGAUGCACCACUGGAUCGAAUACGACAAAUAUUGCUGACACCGCCAUCGACUCGUCCACCAGAAUUCGAGAAUCCUCUCGAAAAGAUUGAACAGCUUCUCACAUGUCCGAUAUGCUUUGAUCGAUAUAAGCAGCCAAAGCUUCUACCAUGUCACCACACGUUUUGUCAAUCAUGUUUGGAGAAUUGUGCGGACAUUGUCCGGAGGAUUCUAAAAUGUCCAGAAUGUCGUGCUGAACAUCCACUUCCAUACGAUGGUAUUAAAAAUUUACAAACCAAUUAUACACUCAUCGGAUUUCUUGAUGUACAUAUUCAAGCGACAGAUGAUAAUGCCGAACAAUUGGAAGCUUACAUCCAUAGAUAUAAUUUGGAACGAUGCAAAAUAUGUGACGAAAAAGCGGUUUUAGAAGUGUGUGCACACUGUGAAAGGCGUGCAUGUGCUGACUGUAGGAAUACACAUAUGGAUAUGCUGAAAAGAGACCUCAGUCGAAUGCUCAAUCAGGUAAAACGUCUUUCAAGUCGUAUUAUUGAAGCAUCAGAUGGUUUGAGUAAAGGUGCUGAUCUAUUGACUUUAAAUUGUGAAACAGCAAAAGAUGAGGUCCACGAAUAUUUUCGACGUUAUUAUCGUGAAUUAAAAAAGCGUGAGGAUAUGUUCAUUCAAGAAAUCGACACUUUUCAUGCGAAUGAGACAAGAUUGAUGAGAAAUCUUCGAGAUGUACUAGAAAUCGAAAUUUCAAAUGUAAGUGAAGGUUGUACUUACUUGGAAGCAGCGUUGAAAGGUGAACGCGAAGUUCAAGAUACUGAAUUUGCUAAACUAAAAAAUAUCUUCGGCGAUGGCUUAGAAUAUUUGCGAAAUUUCCAGGUCUUACCGGAUGCGGAUGAACUUUUCUCAAAAAAAUUGCGUUUCUCACCUGGUGAUGACGCAUCGAAACUGCCAAAUGCAAUAGCAAAUUUCGGAGAGCUUACAGUAUCACUACCACAGUUUGCUGGUCGUUACUUACCGCUUGAACAUUCAUAUCUUCCACGACCAAUGCGAAUCGGUUAUGAAUCUGAUAACUGUAAAUUUUCCCGUCGCAAUGAUAUCGAUGAUAAUCGAUCGCAGAGUGAUGCUCGUUCACUAAUGAGGCAUUCAAGGAAUAAUGAUGAUGAUAUUAUUUCGACGCGAUUACGUCGACGACAAAUUGAAGAAGAAGCUUGGAAUCGUUUAAGAAUGGGAAAUCUUGAUAAUGGUCGGCAGUCACCAAAUAAUUACAUACCAGGAAACAAUCCUUGGAGUCGAUCAGUUGUUCCUAAUGCAAGUGCAAUAUCUAAUGAAAAUUCAUCUGAAAAUCGAAAUAAUCCUUGUACUUUUGGUGCAACUGAGAAUUUCCAAUCUCAUAAUCAAGGUAGCUUUGUGAACGCAUUUGAAUCUACUCAAUUUCUCCCAGAACAACCUACGGUUCUGAUGGUACCGACUACAGAUCGCGUACAAAGAGAUAAGGAAAUAACUGAAUUAAAAAUAAAUAAUAUUACCAAAGCUUUUGUAAAGAGUCAAGAAACAAAUGUCGCGAAAAAUAUGAAAAAUGUGACACAGAAUAUGACCAUGACGAGACAGAGGCGAACACCAAUACCAACGAUAGUUAACACACCAAAUGCGCAAAUAUCUAUUAUUGAGACUCAACCAUCUUCUCAUACACCAACUUUUGAAACUAAUCAGGUCACCAAUCUGACAAAUAAUGAAAAUAUUGACCCACAAAUUGCUACUGGAACUUGUUCAAAAAUGUCUCAUAAAGCACCAUUGCCUCGGCAGUUCUCAUCAGAUGAUAUGAGCCUAAAUGAGAAAAUUGAAUCAAUUCGUGCUGCUCACGAAAAACGUCGUGAACUUAAAAAUAUCGAGUCAUUACCAGAACAAGCAACGAAAACAACGAUUGUUAUACAUUCAAGUGAAGAAAGCGAAAGUGAUAAUGAUCAAUCGCCACCAGUCUUAACUGGUAAUCGUUUUCGAAUAAUUUGUCGAUCGCAGACAAGCAUCGAUUCAAGUUUUCUGCCUAAACUCGAGAGUAAAUUAACAAAAAAUGAGAUUAUUAAUGUAACGGCGUCUCCUUCUCCAAAUAAUGUGCCAGUAUUAGCAUCGGUGUCAGAAUUGACAGCACCUGCUUGCAGUGAGAGCGCACCAUCACCUAUACCCAUACAACAUUAUCCAGGUGAGACUCCAUCAUGGUUAGCAAGACGUCGUCAGCGUUAUCAACGCUCGAAGACGAAUCCUGAUCUAGCUUCAGCUAUUGCUGCCUUGUCUAGCCACGCUUCUAGCUUUUCUAGCGCUGCUUCGCCUAACACUAGUCGCAUACAGCAAUUAUUAUUUGAACGGUCAAAUCGUUUAGAAUCGUCGCUCUUACAACGAUUUCAACCAACUUUGCGUCAGGAGAGUUUGGAGAAUAGCACUUCUGAAGCUGCCACCACUAAUACACAAACAUAUACGAGUAAUAUCGAUAUAUCUACAUCGGCUUGUAGCGAUAGAAGAUCGAGAUAUCGUAAACGCUCAAGCGCUGUGGAACGUGAGAAAUCAAGCGAUGCUAGAAUAUCGUUGAUGCGAUCACCUCGGUUCAUAUGUAGCAUCGACUAUCAAUCAAAAAAUAAACCAAAAUUCGUAUUUGGUAAAAAAGGCAGUAAAGAAGGUGAAUUGAAUUGGCCUCGAGGUAUAACAACUAUUUCGGGUAACGAAUUUGCUGUAUGUGAUAGCAGCAACCAUCGGGUCUGUAUAUUUAACACACAGGGUCGACUCAUAAAAAUUUUCGGGAAAUACGGUACUGGUGAUGGUGAACUUGAUAGCGCGGCAGAUAUUUGUUGCAAUCGAAUGAAACAGUUGAUCGUUUCGGAUCGAUAUAAUCAUCGAAUAAUGAUUUUCGAUCAAAAUGGACAGUUUAUCAGAAAAUUCGGAGGUCAUGGACCAUCGAAUGGUCGAUUUAAUAAUCCGUGGGGUGUAGCCAUCGAUGAUAGCGGACUUAUACAUAUUGCUGAUAAGGACAACCAUCGUAUUCAAAUAUUCGACUUGAAAGGGCAAUUUCUAGCCAAAUUUGGCAUAACUAGUGCAUCGCAUGAAGAUCUGUACAGUCCGCAGUUCAUUGCGAUUCAUAAACGAACUCAAAACGUCUAUGUUACUGAUAGCUCAAAUCAUCGAGUUUGUGUCUUCGAUCACAACGGCAAUCCACUUUUUCAAUUUGGUCAGGAGGGGUAUCGUGUUGGCGAGAUGAAGAAUCCUCGUGGAAUUGCUGUGGAUGAACAGGGCUUCAUCGUGGUAGCAGAUAGCGGAAAUAACCGUGUUCAGAUUUUUUAUCCAGAUGGACGAUUUAUGUAUAGUUUUGGAGCUUGGGGUACUGCACCUGGUCAAAUGAAGGGUAUCGAAGCGGUUGCACUUUUAGAGGAUACAAUUAUUGUGUCCGAUCGCGAAAAUCAUCGAAUACAAUUAUUUUAG